AUGUCCGACGAAUUCAACCUCCAAGAAUCCCUUCUCUCCCUCUCCGACCUAUCACUCUACCACAUCCCAGCAGAGGUCGACAUCCCCUCUCAGCGCACAUCUACUAUCGAUGAAUCUCUAUUAUCCGCCAUCGAAUCCAUCGUCCAUGACCCAGACGCAAUCGUACAUUCCCAAUCAUCCACUUUCGAUGUUUUCCAAUCUAUCCUCAAAUACUCUGAUUCACCCAAUAUAACAGGACCCAUCUUGACCAAACUGUUAGAUGUCAUAUUAUCCAGUCUUACCAGUCAUUCCAAUGCAGUCUUGGGACUGGUGGGAUCACAAGGAUUCCAAACGGAUGAUAUCGACGCUCCAAUGGUACACAAGCAACCAUUGGAAAUGUGGGCUUUCCUCUUACAGUGGUUCAUCACCUCUGCUGAGAGAGGAGCUGGUAAAUCCGAUGGUGGGAUGGGUCCAACUACAACGGGUGGGAAAGGGAAAAAGAGAACUACGAAUAAAAACACUUCUUCUUCGACAUCGUUCGUAUGGAUAGAUCAAAUUCCUUUCGUGUUAGGUACGAUGCACAAGGUACUUCGAAUCCCAUCAGGACGUAUAUGGCGUACAUCCUCAGAGAAAGAAUCCUUCAUAUCGUGUUUUGUUAAACCGUCUUAUCAACUUGCCGAAAACGAAUCGUACCUAAAAAAUCAAGAAAUAAAAUUAGGUAUAUAUAAAGUGAUUUGUUUAUCGGUCAAAUUCCAUGGUCAUUCAUUCGGAGCUCAGACGUCGAUCAUCCAGAAUUUAACGUAUUUCGAACAUUUCUCUGAACCUAUGGCUGAACUCUUAUCGAUCUUAGAAAAAGAAUUCGAUUUCACCCAGUUGUCCGAAGAGGUUUUGAGGGAUGUUUCGACAAAGACGUUCGCACAUAACGAUGUGAAAGGACCGAGAAGUUUUAGUAAAUUCCUGAUCAAGUUGGCGGAGUUGAGUCCUAGGGUGGUGGCUAAGCAGAUGCCUUUGUUAUUGGGUCAUCUGGAUAGUGAUGCACAUCCCAUGCGAAUGGCUGUAGUGGAAAUCAUAGGUCUCCUCAUUCGAGAUUUGUCCCUAUCAGACGAAGGUGACGAGGAACAGAAAGCUAAACAGAUCAAGAAAUACUUUGAGCUACUCAUGGAACGAUUCCUAGAUUUGAACAGUUGGGUUAGGUGUAAGGUCUUAACUACCAUUAUCAAACUCUGCGACCUUCCCGCCAAAUUUCCCAAACAGCGUCAUCAGAUCACCGAACUCACCAUUCGUACCCUCGAAGACAAGACCUCCUCCGCUCGACGAUAUGCCAUUCAACUUCUUUGUAAACUCCUCGAGACCCACCCUUUCGGUGCGCUUCAUGGUGGUACCUUGAACCUAGCAGAGUGGCAAGAGCGGUACGACAAGAUUGAAGCCGAGUUGGCUAAAGUCGAUGCUGUCGAAUUGGAGAGGGCCAAGCGAGAUGUUGGGAUGGUCGAUGGGGAAGACCAAGAUGAUUCGCAAAAGAAAGAUGACGAGGAGGAGGCAGAGGACGAGGACGAGGAAGAGGCAGAAGAGGUGGAGGAAGAUGUGGAUGAGCAAGAAGAUGAUGAUGGGGAGGAAGAUGGUGAAGGUACACCUAGACCCAAGGCGGUAAAGAAAGAACCUAAAAUCAAGAAGAAGCAACCUCGACAAUCGCAAUUGGAUAUAACAGGUAUUCAAACUGAACAAUCUACUUUGGAUCCCGAAUUGAUCCAUAAAUUACGAUUAACCAGGAAAUACUAUUCGGAUGCUCUGAAGUUUAUCAACCAGCUUGAAGGGGCUAUUCCGACUUUAUGUCAAUUGUUGGUUUCUACCACCAAGACGGAAGUGCUGGAAGCUAUGAGGUUCUUCAGAAUAGCUUAUGAAUACGAUCUACAAUCGAACGAAAUUGGAAUCAAGACGAUGUUACACUUGAUAUGGACCAAAGACAACAACUCGACUGUACCUGCUCCUAAUACUUCCAACGAAGAUGGGAACCCCACCGGUGGAGCUACAGAGGCAGGAGCGACGAAAGGAAUUAGAGCGAAUUUGAUCGAUUGUUAUAGGAGUUUGUACUUUGAUGUGGUUCCUGACUUGAACGCGAAACAGCAGGUCAAUAGAAUAGCGAAGAAUAUGAUCGAACGGACAUACGGCGCAACGCUUGCUGAAUUGACUUCGUUGGAAGAGUUAAUGAGGACAAUGAUGGCUGAAGGUGGAGUACAUUAUGAUGUGGUCAAUAAGCUCUGGCAGGUAUAUAGUACGGACCAAGAAAUCCCCAAAGCCCAACGUCAAGGUGCAAUUAUCAUUCUUGGGAUGUUAGCUCUAGCCAGGCGAGAAGUGGUCACCGAACGAGUGGAAUCGCUCUUAAAGAUCGGUUUGGGACAUUUCGGUAUGCACGACCUCGUCUUGGCCAGGUAUACUUGUAUAGCCUUGCAGCGACUAGGUGGAUCAGCCAAGAAGGUCAAAGGUUCUCUAAGCGAUAAGACAAUGAGGUUACCAAUGGAUAAUCCCAUCUUCCUAAAAUUACAAGAGAUCAUUGAGCAUUCCCCUAAAUCCCCACAGUGGUUCAGUAUGGCCGAACAAGCCAUCAACACGAUAUAUUUGUUGGGUGAACAACCUGAUGCGCUAUGUUCGGAAAUCAUCAAGGAUUUGACGGUGAAAAUAUUUGAGAAGCCCUCUUCCACGCAGGAUACUAUCGCCACUACGCCGCCUCAAGAGGAUGGUGAGACUACCGAUACCAACAAUGAAGAGAUGCAAGUGGAUGUUGCAACUCCACCGCCAGAUAGUCAGGAUAGUAGGGCAACUCCACCACUGGAGCAGGAGAAGAAGGAUCAAAUUGGUUCCUUCAAAUUGGCACAGUUGGUUUUCACAGUGGGUCAUGUGGCUAUCAAACAUAUCGUGUAUCUCGAACUGGUAGAGAGAGAAUUUAAGAGGAGGAAGGAUGAGACUGCGAAGCAGAAAGCAGCUGCUAAAGCAGCCGAAAAGGAUUCAAACGAUCUUGAUGCGGUAGCUGGAAAUGCUGAGGAUGAUAUCGGCGAAUUGAUGUCUGGUAUUAGGGAGAGAGAAUUGUUAUUCGGUGAUAAAAGUCUAUUGGCUGUUUAUGGACCGAUGAUCGCUGGGAUCUGUGCGAGCCCAAAGAGGUACAAGGACUCGUCCCUGCGUCAAGCUGCUACUCUAUCCCUCACCAAACUCAUGUGUGUCUCUGCGCAAUUCUGCGAAUCUCACUUGUUGCUCCUUUUCAAGAUACUGGAGACAAGCCGAGAUCCAGUGGUUAGAAGUAACAUCGUGAUUGCUUUGGGUGAUAUUGCGGUCUGUUGGGGAAGUAUGAUUGACGAUAACUCGGAAAGGUUAUAUCAAGGUUUAUCGGACCCUGACCAGAUAGUCAAGAAGAACACUCUGAUGGUACUUACCCACCUGAUCUUGAAUGGAAUGAUCAAAGUGAAAGGGCAAUUAGGCGAAAUGGCCAAAUGUCUAGAAGACAAAGAUAAUCGAAUUUCAGAUUUGGCCAAAUUGUUCUUCACUGAAUUAUCGACCAAGGAUAAUGCGCUGUAUAAUAACUUGCAAGAUGUCAUUAGUCACUUGUCGGUUGGACAGCACAAAGUCGAUGAAGAUACUUUUGAGAGGACGAUGAGGUUUAUUUUCACUUUCAUUGAGAAGGACAAACAAGCUGAAUCGCUUGUCGAGAAAUUAUGUCAGCGGUUCAGGCUGGCCACGGAGGAAAGACAAUGGAGAGAUAUCUCUUUCUGUCUUUCGUUAUUACCUUUCAAAUCUGAACGAUCCAUGAAGAAGCUCAUUGAAGGCUUACCGUUCUACCAGGAUAAACUGCACGAAGAGACUGUGUUUAGAAGAUUCACCGAGAUACUCGCCAAGGCUCGAGCGAAUAAAGCUGCCAACAAACCUGAAACUGAGCUUAAGGAGUUCGAAGCUAUCCUUACCGAGCAUCAAGCCAAGGGAUUAGAAGAUCAAGCCUUAGAAGCUGACGUAUUGAGAAAGACUAGAGCUGCUAAGCGAAGAGCAGCUAAGAGACCUCAAGCUGAAGGAAGAGGCAAGAAAGCAGUCACUCCAGAAGAUAACGAAGAUGAAGAAAUUGAAGAAGAAGCUCCGCCCGCUUUACCACAGAGAUCUACAAGAGGAGCUGCAGGUAAAGCACAGCCGAAGAAAGCUCCUCCGCCGCCUAAACCUAGAAGAGGGGGAAGGAGGAAGGUUGUUGAGAGUGAGGAUGAAGAUGAAGAGGAGGAUGAGUAG